CUCACCAUCCUGUCACCGGGCUUGGUUCAGUCACCACGAACGCCGCCGCCCUCUUCCUCGGACUCCUUGGUGGACCCGCCCACUUCUUCCGCCACCAAUAAGACGCAGGGUUUGGGAGAGACUGUCCUACGGGGCCCCUAUUUGGGAAAGCAAUACAGACUCUAUCACGAGUGAGUGAUGACCUGUGGCUAGACCCAUCUGAGAAAGGUCUUGCCCUGAGAGCUGUGAAUUCUUGUCACUCAACAUACGGCUAUAUCCUGUUCUCAUCUUUGUUUUUUCAACAUUAUCAAUGGUCACCCUCAGCCACCAUGAUCGAUAAUAGCAUACCCAUGAAUUUAAAUUGCAAAUUGGCAAUAAAGUCAAUUCUGCCAAUCUUUAGAUGUCUGAAUUAUCUUGAAAGAAGUGUAGAGAAGUGCAAAAUAGUCAGCAGAUCGGAUAAAUGUAGAGUCGUCAUCCAGUUCUUCUGCAAGCAUGGUAUUAAAAGAACUCACAAUGUGUAUUUCCAAGACAGCCAGCCCUUGAAAAUUCUCUUUGAAAAGAGCUUGUGUGCCAAUAUCCUGAUGAUUAAGCCAAGAUUGCUGACUGAGGCCAUUGUUCUUCUAUCGUCAAAUCAAGAGGAAGUCACCUUUUCUGUUACUCCAGGGAAUUUCUGCCUCAAGAGUUGGAGUGGGGAAUCCCUGGAUUUAAGCAGUUCUGUGUACAGUGAGAUGUCUUUUGACCCAGAAGAGUUUGACUUCUUUCAAGUUGGACUUGAUACUGAAAUAACAUUUUGCUUUAAAGAACUAAAGGGGAUGCUCAGCUUUUCAGAAGUGAUGCACGCUCCCAUAUCCAUCUACUUUGACUUUCCUGGGAAACCCGUUGUUUUGAGUAUGGACGACAUGCUCUUGGAGGCGAACUUUAUCCUGGCCACGUUGUCAGACCAGCCAAGCAGAGUGUCUUCACCACAGUCACUGUGUCUGUCCCAGGCACAAAGAAGGUCAGACCUCAUACAGUCAAGUGCCCAGGUGGGUAAAAGCGGAGCCAGCCAGGCCCCAGAGAGCAUCUCUCGAGCAGCACCCAAAAGGCUGUUUCCCAAGGAUCCUCUAGAUAGCAGCUGUGCAACAGAGACAAAGAGAGCCAGCACCAACCAGGACGACAUCUCUGAAGUACCUGAAAGUGUUGUCAGUGACAUGGAGGAAGGGCCAGGCCCUUCACACCUCAGGAAGUUUUCCUCCAUGUUCUUUGGAGCGGUUUCUUCUGAACAGCAAGAACAUGCCAGCCACCCUUUGGACAGCUGGGCAAUAGCAAGUGACAGUGAAGAGGACGUGAGCGGAUGA